UAAGAAGUUCUGUUUUGAAAAUGUUGGAGGGUUUCCAGAUCUUGGUUCAGGAUACAAUACACGGACGAAUUCACAAGAUAAAAUGUGUGUAGACUAAAUACCCAAUAGUAUUUGAGGGAAAAAUAAUGUCUUGCUGCUGUUUGAUAGAUAUGGAGUGGGAAAAGAUGUCAUUGCACUUAAACCAAGUGAUCUGAGUUUUAUUUUUCCGGAGGAGUCUUUACUUCAACGUAUUUCUUGCAAUGCAUAUUGCAUUUACAGAAAGAUUAGAAGACAGUGUGAAAUACUUCUGUCACGCUAAUGAUAGCAACAUUUAAGUAAAUGUUAAAUUCACAUACCAAAGUAGUUGAUAUUUUGAGAAGAGGAAAUUCCAUUAUUGCACCUUUUAGGCACAAGGAACUGGAAAAUGGCAUUUUUCAAAAGUUUUCAGCAGAAUCUGCCUUCCGUGUCCUCCCUGGUGGACACAAUCAGUAGUGCUGUAGAAGAUUUGAGCACUGCAGUUGGGGAAGUCAGCUAUGCCAUAAGCGACUCAGUUGCCGGGCAGGUAGCAAGUAUGAUGCAUGGCUUUUGCCCAGAGGAGGGAAGCUGCACAGCAGAAGAGGCUGCAGGGUCUUCUAAAGCCCAAAAUGCAGUAUUGCAGGAUACCUCCAGAAAUACUGCUUGUCAGAAAACACGGUCUGAUUUAGAUCACAAGGCAAAGCAAAUAACCUGCCACAACACUUCAACUUCACAAAAACAAGAACAAGAAAUAGAUGAACAGGGGUUGUAUAUUCACGAUGGGCAGUGGGCAGACUCAGAAUACCAAGAAACUGGAGAGGCUGGUGGUGCUGCUUUGAAAGGCCUCAUGAGUGAUGGGGUAUCAGCUGUCAAGCAGAAAAUGAGGCCUGCACCCACUUGCCAUGAACUGGAACAGACUGACAAAUGUGAAAUAUCUGGAAUAGGAAUCUCUGGGAAUGAUAAAAGUCAUUUAAACGAGGUAAGUUAUCAAGAAGUGAAAGGGAGUCUGAGCACCAGUGGACGGAACAUUCUCUCUGUGCAGAAGUGUGUGGUCACAGACAGCUCUAAAGCCAGAAUGCAUCGUGUGCCUAUGGGAAGAGAACAAGAGAAAUUGGGGAAUGUCACUAAAAGUAAAUAUCCUAGUGAUUUAGAGCACUCUGAUCAUUUCGAAAAGGCUAAAAAACAUAAUAAAUGUGAUGGAUUAAAAGGGAAUGAAUGUUCAGGAGAUGAGUGUUCUCCAGAAGAUACCACGAGAAACCACAGAUACAGGGCACAGAAAUCCAUUGUGAAGGAAGACACAUGUUCAGCUCCAUCAACAAAUUGUAAAAACAUGUUUCCCAGGAAAACCAAGGAAAAAAUAAAUCCAACAAAAUACUACAAAGUGAAAGGAGACAUGAAAGCAAAGAAAAACGAGGCUAAUUCUUCUAAGAGAGGAACAGCAAAGAGUAAAGUUGGCAAAUACUCUAAGAUAUUACCAGAAAAAGAUAAUUCUUACAUGGACAGAGAUGAGCCUGGUUCAUCCUCUGAAAGUGAAGAUGAAGCACUGGGUAAAUAUCACGAGGCCUUAUCCAGAACACACAAUUCCAGAUGGCCAUUGGUAGAUUCUAGACAAAAGAGCUAUGCCUGGGAAACAAGGCAGAAGUACAGCCCCCUGUCUGCAGAGUACGACGGGUACAGCACUGAGGCAUCCAUGGAGGACGGAAACUGCAUUCAGAGAAUGAGGAGGACACCUCCGCUGGAUGAGCUGCAGCCGCCGCCUUACCAAGACGACAGCGGUUCUCCUCACCUCUCAUGCACACCUUCCGAAAUUGGGGAUGCCAAGUGUGAGAUUUCCCACUGCAGCAAUAGCCCAAGGUGUUCUUUCAACAAGUGCCCCAGUGAAGGAAGCACGGGUCACGAGGCCGAGAGCUAUCACAAUAAAGGAUAUGAAGAUGAUGUACCUAGCGACAGCACAGCAGUCCUUAGCCCUGAAGACAUGUCAGCUCAAGGAUCCUCCUCACAGCUUCCUAAACCUUUUGAUCCAGAGCCAGAAGCUAAAUAUGGCACAUUGGAUGUGACUUUCGACUAUGACUCUGAAAGACAGAAGCUCCUGGUAACGGUGACAGCUGUCACAGACAUUCCAACAUAUAACAGGACAGGUGGCAACUCGUGGCAGGUACACCUUGUUCUUCUACCUAUAAAAAAACAGAGAGCCAAAACCAGCAUCCAGAGAGGACCAUGCCCUGUCUUCACAGAAACAUUCAAAUUUAACCACGUUGAAUCCGAGAUGAUUGGAAACUAUGCAGUUAGGUUUAGACUAUAUGGUGUCCAUCGCAUGAAGAAAGAAAAGAUUGUGGGGGAAAAGAUUUUUUAUUUAACAAAGUUGAAUCUUCAAGGGAAAAUGUCGUUACCGGUGAUACUGGAACCUUCAUACAAUCCUUCUGGCUGUGACUCUCAGGUGAGCUUGUCUGAGGCAUCCUGUGGUGACAGUACAUCCUCCUGUCAGUCUCUUCAACAUGGCUCUGUUCCAGAAAUCCUCAUUGGGCUCCUUUACAAUGCCACCACUGGAAGACUAUCAGCAGAAGUGAUCAAAGGCAGCCACUUCAAAAACCUGGCAGCAAACAGACCACCCAAUGGACUGUUCUGUUGUCUAAAACACUUGAUAGGUGGACAGGUUUAUAUAAUCCGAGAUACAUAUGUUAAGUUAACACUGCUGAAUUCCAUGGGCCAAGAGAUGUCCAAAUGCAAGACAUCCACCCGCAGAGGGCAGCCAAAUCCGGUGUACAAGGAAACUUUUGUUUUUCAAGUGGCCUUGUUUCAGCUUUCUGACGUGACUCUGAUACUGUCUGUGUAUAACAGGCGGAGCAUGAAAAGGAAGGAGAUGAUAGGCUGGAUUUCCUUAGGUCUAAACAGCUCUGGGGAGGAGGAGCUCAGACACUGGACUGCAAUGAAGGAGUCGAAGGGACAGCAAGUGUGCAGGUGGCACGCACUGCUGGAGUCCUGAGGAAGUCGGAAGACGGCUGCAAGCCCAGCACUGCCUCAGAGGAGCCGUUCCCUGGAGAGUCCUCUUCAACACCCUACCACAACGCUUCACAUCAGCGAGGGACCAUCCAGUGCUGCCUGAGGGGAAGGAAGCUUUGCCUCUGGUAGAGCGAGCUCACAUGAGAAACCAAGAAACUUGUGUCCUUAAUGCUCAGCAGCCCUCCAGAAAUUGAAUUGCAUACUCUUUAUUUGAACUUGAUUUUCUUAGUGAAAGAGCUAGGAAUUCCGUGGAGAUUGUGGCUUUAAACCAGAGUUUCCAUUGCAGCACUACAUAUCAUCACCCACAUGCUGUCCAUGAGACAUCUCUAUGGCCAGUCCUUGGGUGGAUCUCAGUGAGCACUCCUGUCUCAAGGUGAAAGCUCACUCACACUAAUGAUACUUUCAUUUCAGAUAUGCUCUCUCUGUGCCUCAGCCUUCAUAGUACUAAGCCAAGUGCAAAAUUCCCUGAAGAGUAGUUUAAGGUUGGUUUGUUUGACGUUUGUUUCUUUACCUCCUUUGUUUUUUCUGAUCCAAAGAGACCAUGUUCUUAUGGUCCCUUGCAAACCUUUAUGACUGUCCUGCAGAACUUCAUAACUUUACGUUCAAGUCCUUUAUGUACCAUGUGUCCCAGAGUAGAAAAUGGUAAGAGCAGAGCUGUCAUUUGGAAUUGCUUUCAGUGGUCAGUCUUUACAGCUGUGCAAUGCAGCAGACACAGUAGAUAGCUGUUGAAAUUGGAAGACAACUCUAGUUAAAAGGAAUCUUGAUUAUCUGUUCCAAGAAUCUAGUCUCCAACAGGAGUAAAACAGGUAGCAUUCAAAACAGAAUCUCCUGGAGUCCUUCCUCACUCACUCCCAUUUCUCUGUGGCUCUCAGUUUUAUUCUACUUAAAACCAUUCUGAGAUCCCUUAUGCUCCAGUGACUUGUGCUGUGCCUGUGAUGUCUUCAGCAUGAUGUCACCCUGUGCCUUCCAUGCAAGUUGACCUUGCUUACACUGCUGGGAAGCCAUAGUUGUGGGUUUGGCCUUCAGCACUCAUAGAUAUGGAGCUCCUUGGCAGUCCCAUGGCCUUGCCUACUCUGCAGGAAGCGAGGCCAUGUACUGUGCUGGCCUCCACACUGCAAGCGUUUCCCUGUCGUGUUUUCAUAUUUAGAAACUACAGGUCAACUGGAAAUAGUGUAAGCUAUUUUCUUUUUAAUUUUCUUUUUUAACAAAAUUUUAUGCAUAUACUCUAAUAGAGUCCGUUUUGUAUACAUGAAAAUAGUUUCAUUUUGCUCCUUCUCAUUUCUAGUUAAACUAGACAAAAGCAUACUAUUUACCAAUUAGUGAAAAGCUCUAUCUCAGUUCCAACCCCAGCUGAGCGCUUUGGACUGUUACUGUGAACUAGAACUCAUCAGUACAAUCUAGCAGAGUCGUGUAGUGCACGGACUUACUAAAAUGUGGCAGUGCUGAGAGGCCUUAAAGAGUCCAAAAGACCAUGAACUGCUACAGUUUUAGCUUAAAAGAAGGCAACUUUAUACUUUCAAGCUCAGCAUUUUAAAGAAAAGAAAAUGCAAGUAAGAUGCACAGAGUUAGUUUUAAAAUGGAAGUUUCAGAGCCCAGCAUAGUGGCUCAUCCCUGUAAUCCUAGCACUUGGGAGUCUGAGGCAGGAGGAUUGCUGUGAUCUUGAGGCUAGCCUGGGCUACAUAGUUCCAGGCCUUUCUGGGCUACAGAGUGAUAACUGUACCACCAAAAUAUUAUGUUGCAAAGUUACAUUUUAAAAAAAGGAAAAGAAAAGGCAUCCUUCUAUCCUUCCAUUAGUGAACUUCUCAGAAUUGCUUUGUUAUAAAGUGAGUUUGGUUAGAAAUGAAAACAUGAACAAGAAGCAAAAUAGUUGGUUUUUUUUAAGUGUUAUUGAAGAACAGAGUGAGGCAAAAUGUGAACAGGAUAUAGGUUACACUGAAAAUUGGGUACAGGCAUUUGAUGCUCCAAUGAGCCUUCACUGGCUUUGAAACAACCGCCCGCAUGGCUAACAGCUGCUGUCUUCCUAAUAAAGUCUCUGGUCUAUUUUGCAACAAAGCUCAAUUGGACAUUAUAAGACCAACCUGGUGCUUUCACUGUGUUGAGAGAAAAAUCUGUUAUUUGUUAAACCUCCUUCCUACAGAGUGGACCCAGAACUCUGUAUACUCCCAAAAAUCCUCAGGGGUAUCUGGCAUGGUGUAAGUAUCACUUCAUAUAUGGCCUGGAAAUUGAUUCAGUCUUCUUUAACAUUGGGAAAAGCCCCCCUCUAUCCCAUUUGCCAAGUCCUCAAUGAUUAUAAAUUAUGUAUGUGCAUAUAACUACACACGUAGCAUGCUGUGCACAUGUAAAGGUGAGGCUGUCCUGCCUUUACACAUAACUGACCAGAAAGGCAUUUCCACUGAUCAUGGAUUGCUGCUUUUCUUCUCUGUGUAACUUCUAAAUGUGAUACUAGGUUUGUAGCCAAAUGCUGCCAUUCUGCUGCAUAUAAAGCAAGUAUACAACUUAUUCUCUCCUGGGCUUUAACACAAAUACUUCUCCAAAUUAUCUGGGCCACAGAUGUUGACUUGGGAACUUGAAAAUGACAGUCUACACCCUUAUUAUUCUGCUAAAGUCAAAUGAAAUGUCCAGAUUCAACAACUAACUGGUAUAUGGUUAUUCAAGAGCCUCGUUUCUUAACUUCCCUGACGCGGUUUGUUGAUCACUGUCCAGAAGUGCAGUAUUGUCCAAACUUUCAGAAGCUUCUGCAGUCUGGUGCCUGAAUACUAGUCACCUUCUAUUUGAAAUACAAUUGCAUAUUAUCUCACUGCACAUUGAUGAGUUUUCAGUAGCACUGUGCUCACUGACAAAAGAAGUUAUUAGGCCAUGUUUAAAGAAACAGAAAAUACUUAAGCUGCCUGGAUACCUAUGCUGUCGUUGUAAAGUUGGGCCCUGGCAGGGAGUCUGAUCUGAUCUGUGCAAAACCCAGCUCUGUCUGCUAAAUCACUGGUGCUUCCACAAACUGGGAGUAUAGCUAGGGCUUGGGAAUGCGAAUUCAUCAGUAGGGAAGCGGAGACAGUCUAGGAUGUUCUCGGCAAGGAAUACAAAUGGUAUCACAACUUUAUGAGGGGACUAAGAGAUAGGUGAGCUGUUUGAAGUGGUGUAAGCCCAGUGGUCACCAACUUUUUUUUUUUAAUUCUUGUUCAGGUAUUAAUAAAAAUAACACAAAGUUCAUUUGCAUAAACUACCAUUUACCUCCAUAGACUGAAGAAUUCCAUGGGGGGGAAAAAAUCACAUUGCUAGUUGUUCUUCACAGGUUCUUUUUCUUACUUUCUUUAUAAUCCAAGAUUCUUCUCUUCAUCUGUCAAUUGCAUGUGGCCAUCGGUAUCAUUGUUGCCAGCCAAUGAUACUAAAACAAGAUGAGGCAUGUGGUAAAGCACCUUAAAGCCACAGGCUGUGCCCUCUACACUGACAGUACUGAUGAUGGUUACAGCCAUAACUUAGUAAAGAGCUAACACAAGAAUGUACUGUCUUAUUUGACUCACAAAAUAUGAAGAGGCAAGUAACAUCAUCAGUGUUUUAUUCAUGAGGAAGUUGCUGCAUGGAGAAGCUGAGCUGACCCCCUAAGGCUGCCCCCUCUUAAGAAAACCCAGUAGAACUGGGAUUGCUCCAAACCCACUCAUGCGCAUUGUAUCUUAACCCAGUUUAUUACGGGUGAGAGGAACAGCAUCAUAUUGGGCAAUUCUUGCCCAGCUUAUCUGAAUGGCAGAGAGAGGCCCAAGAGAACAGAGCUGGGAAAGAGAGACGACAGUGCAGGGGGCUUGCCUUCUCAGGACACAAACCAUACUUCGGUAUCAUAGUUUGUAUUUUUAUUUAAGGACUUGGGAUCUGUUUGUUGUGUCUACACUGUACUUCGAUUCUGAAGAUAUAUUAACUCACGGUAUUUCCAUUGCCUGUAUACACCUUUCUAUGCUGUGAAAUGACAGGAUGUCUGAUAACCUGUACUUGUGUCAGGGGUCAGAGGAGAGAAUGUUGCCUUCCUGAGCACACUUACCCAAGUUUGUUUCUAUUUCUUUGUUAAAGUUUGUUAAUAUUAGACAAGAUUCCCACCUACCCUCUUUCCCUUCACUGUUAGUGAUUACUAUGUCCUAGAGUCUUUAUGAGCCCUUUGGCUGAUGAGUAAAGUCUCUAUGGUAGAAUCAACACUACCAUUGUGAAAGUCUUCUGUGAACCUUGUCUACUGAGUAGGUUUCUUUUUCUCCUAAUGUAUGAGGACCCCAGCUGUGUGCCAUGUGCUGCGGAAGAGGCUACAGGUUGGAUGGGCAGUCUUCCCUCAUCUUGUAUUUUGAUGUACUGAGACAGCAUCGGGUGGUGUCUUUCAUUGUAAUAUAUGAGGUGUAGAGAGAGGCAUGCGCAGGGCAUUGGGGUUGAGUAGGAAAGUUACAUGGUGAGUUCUAUUAGAAGACAAGAAAAGAAAUACUGUUUUGACUCCCAUCAAACUCCCCUUUAUUAAACACAGACAGUGGCUCCCAAGUAGUAAUGUACAUAAGAAUUCUGUCCAGGUUCUAGCCAGAGAUUCUGUCUCAUUUGGUAUAGAGGAAAGUCUGAGGGUCUAGAUCUGAAUGAGUUCCCUAGGAAAUCCUAGCUGGGCAGUACUGGGAAAUAAUACUUUUGUUUCUUAUCUGCUGUUGCUGGCAGCCGAUUCUGUGCCCAUAGAUUAAGUCUUGAUGUGGUGGUAGGAAGGUUUGUAGUCUCUGGUAUCUAUGAGGAAGCAAGCCUCUAUCACAUUUUCUCCUUCUGAUCUCUCUCAGGUUGCUUAACACAAUUUCCAAAACUAUAAAACCGAGAUUUUAUAAAGUCAGAGGAAGGCCUUUUUAAAGGUGAGGAUGACAUUUUGGCAGCUUUGUUGAAUAAAUACUGAGGAUAUUAAUAUGUCCCAUAAUGCACCAACAUUUGUUUGCCGGGGGAAAUGAGGACAAUUUUGACAAGUGUACUGACACUGUACUCAAGUGUUGUGAGUGAUUAUUUCAAGCACAGCUAGACAUGUGUGGUGAUACUUCCAAAUAAUUUGAGUUUACCAAGAGAAAAACUGUAGUAGUAACGUAUUUUAUAAUUUAAUUUUUUGUGUUUAUACAUAGCUAUACUACAAUAACUUUAGCGAAAACAAUAUAGCAAUUCUGAGGAACUUUCGAGCUGAUAUGAAGGGGACAGCCUUUGCCUGAGCUGGCAGUGCUGGAGAUGUCCCAGCAACUUGGCUAGACUUAUACCUGAAUUCUGAAAUAAGCAAGUAUAUUGGUUCUGUUUCUCAGUGCUGGAGCUACGAUCUGUUAGAGUCUGAUAAGUGUUGUGACCUAGUCUUUUUCUAAAACCCAAGAGGUUCAUCACUACUCCGGGGCAUUGCUUCUCAAAAAUAAUGUACUUUUUAUAGGAAAACUCAAUCAGUGGAUCUUUUUAUUCGGUAUCCCUCCUCUUCCUCCCCAGUCCCUCCUCUCUUCCUUUCUUUGAGUUUUUGAGGCAAGAAGCUUCCUGAAUAGUCUAGUUUCUACGGAGCUUUCGUACUUAUUUUUCUAAUAAUAGGUGUAGCUGAGUGAUGAUGUUUAACUGCUCUGUGAGCAGAAUUCUCAACCAACCUGAAGAAACAUGCUGCCUAUGGGUGUUUCCUUUGGUCUCAACUGUGUCUGACCUGUUUGCUAGUGACUUUCACCCAUGAAUGGACUUUGCUCGUGUGCAUAGUAUGUCCAUGUACAUAGUAUGUCCAUGUGGUCAUCAGCAGUGCUGUGUUGUUAUCACAUAUUUAUAUGCACUUGGUCAAAACAGAAGCUGAUGAGUGUGUGAGCCAUCAUUUUGUAGAGUGAACGGCUGAACCCCCUUUGUGUCAUUGGAGUCACGUUGCGCGUCUGUUGCCUUUAAACUCUCAUACCUUCUUUUGUACUCUACACCGACUGUCGCGGUGCCUUUUUCCUUUUGUAUAAUUGUAUUACAUUAAAAAAUUGCUGACCUGUGUGUAAAAUGUUAAAACUACACCAGUCCAAGGAGAUUUUAAUGGCAGUCCAGUUUUCCAGAGAAUAAAUUUUUGUGUGCAUUAAAUGUUACGUUUCUUCACAUUUAUGUGAAAACAAAAAUUGUUUCCAUUUUAGUACUCAGUGGAGUGGGUAAACAUCCAGCAUGUUAGAUGAUGAUUCAUAAAACUCAGCCCUAAUUCAAACUGUCAAAAAAGUAUUACUAUGACUGUUAUACACAAUGGGCCAAUGUCACUUACAUACAGAAAUAAUCAAGUGGGUCUGUUUGUUCCCAGGAUCAUGUCUGAAAAGAGUCACAUGUGCUGUCAAACUAUCUGGAUCAUGUUUUCUUCACCACGAGUCAGAUCUAACCUCAAAAGGAAAAAUAGACUCCAGGCAAACAUUUUUAAUGACUCCUUGAAAAGUUCAUAUAAAUCAAGAGUGGAAAAAGUUGCUUUAACAGGCUGAGCCCUUAGCUGGAAUGUGGCAUCGAUCCCAUUACCCAACUUUCUCUUUUCUUGGCAUGAGCCUAUCCUUAUCGCCCUUGGAUCCCAGUUUAACAAGACCUUUUUCUAAAGACAAUAGUAUAAAGUCUAUUGUCUACCAAAGAUCUUGAAUUUAGGUUCUUUCAUGUCUGUUUGUUUCCAGCCAGUAACAACCAGUUUCACAAAUACAUAAGCGUCUGGUGCUUUAGUCUGACAGAAAUUCAACAAGCUACUUCACCUUAGGUCCGAACUUUGAACCUUGAGUUCCAGCAACUAAGUAGCCUUUGUUUUCUCUUUGCUUUUCUCUUUGGCUUUUGACACAGCACCUACUUGGUCUAAUUUCCAGUCUUUCUUUCUUUUGGUUUGUUUGUUUGUUUGUUUGUUUGUUUGUUUGUUUUAAUAAGGAGUUGUUGCUACUAAACACGAUGAAAAUGCAUUUUUGCUCAAAAUAAAUGUAUCCAUAAUGUGCUCUCCAGCCACAGGAAAGUAAUUUGUAUCCUUUCCUCAAGUCCACUGGUUAAUUCUCCCACUCCAAGGAUUUGCUUACUUAUCUGUGUUCAAAAAAAAAAAAGUUUCUUAAUUCUAAGCGAUGCUCAAUUAGGGAUGAUUUGUUAUUUAUUUGGUACUUGGUAAAAAUUUUCAUAUGAGUCAUGACUUCCUAUUUUCAAAGAAUUACAAUAUUUUAAGGGUGAAAUUCCAGCAGAAAAAAGACACUUCUGGAGUUUUGCUAGAAAGUUGGUAAGUUAUCAUUUUCUACUACUAAAAGAUUCAUUCACUAUCAUAAAAUGUUAUUCUGUGGGUUACAUUUUAGUUGCAAGUUGCUUGUACCUCCUUUGAUCUUCAGCAUGCCAAACAAAAUUUUAAGUUAACUCUUCAUUCCCAAAAUUAUCCUAUUUCCAUAAUGUUUCUUAUUUGAAAAUAAAGUCGAUGCCAAUUUAAAAUUUUAAGACCUUAGUAAAAUUGUGAAAUAUUUGUUUGGCUGUUACAUGAUGAUGAACUAUGAAAGUACAGAUCACUAAACGUGGAGUCCUUAAAUGCCAGACAAAGGGGGACAAAUAACAGUCAUGAAUCAGUUCAAGAGGCUGUAUGUCUGAGAAAGACAGUUGAGUGAUUUUAUCAUGGUAUGGAGAAAUCUCAGAAGUGCUAUGUGUCUGUAGCCAUUUUAUGUGAAAUAUAUAAAGUUCUUACUGCUCUGCAUCACUGCAAGCCAUUGAUUUUGUCACUCUUCUAGAUUUUAGUCAUUGCAAUAGGUGAGUAUCUCUCAAUAAUAACCUGCAGUUUCCUUCUAGUGAUGCACAGAGGGGUAUGUGUGUGUCUGUCUAUCUGUGUGUGUGUGUGUCAGUGUGUGUGUGUGUGUGUGUGUGUGUGUAUGUCUGUGUGUGCGUGUGUGCAUUUGUGUGUGUGUCUGUCUGUCUGCCCACCUGUGUCUGUGUGUCUCUGUCUGUGUCUCUAUCUGUGUCUGUGUGUGUUUGUGGUACUGUGAUGCAGUUCUCUGUGUACUUUGUCAGGUCCUUUACCAAGCCUUUAGUAUUCUGAAAUGACUUUUCUUUGGGUGGUGGAUGUCCUGAACAAUGACUGUCACUGAGCAGAAGUCAUGACUUUAAUGAAGUUCACAGUAUCCCUCUUGUUCUUUCAUGGGUUGCACUUCGGAUGCUUUAUCUUAAAAUUCAUAACCAAGCCACAGUUGCAGAGAUUGUCUCCUCUGUUUUCUUCUAAUAUUUCUGCUUUUUUUUUUUUUUGGUAAGUUGGAAAAUAACUUUAUUUGUUCUAGGGCAUUGGCCAGAGUCCCCUUAGAACUUCUGAAGCUGCUUCUUGGUGCCAGCAGCCUUGGUGACCUUGAGCACAUUGAAUCGGACAGUCUUGCUCAGGGGCCUGCACUCUCCAACAGUGACAAUGUCUCCAAUCUGUACAUCCCUGAAACAGGGGGACAGGUGCACAGACAUGUUCUUGUGACGUUUCUCAAAGCAAUUGUACUUUCAGAUGUAAUGGAGAUAGUCCCAGCAGAUGACGAUAUUCCUCUGCAUCUUCAUCUUCAUCACGACACCAGACAGGAUCCAAUCUUGGAUGGAGACAUUACCAGUGAAGGGGCAUUUCUUGUCUAUGUAGGUGCCCUCAAUGGCUUCUUUGGGUGUCUUAAAGCCUAGACGAUGUUUUUGUUGUACCGAGGGAGUUUUUCCUUGCCGGUUUCUCCCAGCAAAACACACUCUUGUCUUUAAAGAUUGUAGGCUACUUUUGGUAAGCAUGCACCACCUGAAUAGCCGCCAUCUUCCCGGCAGCCUGAGAAAAGGCAUAUUCCCGCUUUUUAUGUUUAUGUCUACCAUCCAUUUGGAGUAAAGGUCUUGGGAAGAUAAAAGGAUUGACUGUUUAAUUUCUUUUUUUUUUUUUUAAAGAUAGGUGUGCAGUUUUUUGGUUUUUGGUUUUUUUGUUUGUUUGUUUGUUUUUUCUGGUGCCAUCUGCGGAAAGCAUUUCUCCUUCAAUGGCUGCUUUCUUUUGUGUGUCUCUCUGUGCUCUCUGCUGGUUCUGUGUCUGGCUACCUGUUCUCCCUGACCAUGCUGUCUUAACAAGCAGGCUCUUAGUCAAGCUUGCUGUUCUGUCCUGUCAGAAUUCCUUGUCCUUCAGUAUUGUCAUCUCUGUUAUUGGUGGGUUUUGCUUUUUCUGUAUAAAAUUUAGAACCAGUCUGCUUAUCUCUAUGAAGUAGCUUCUUGCAGUUUCCACUAGGAUUUGUCAAAUAUGAAAAGAGUUGGUAACUUCUAAAACCAAGUCUUUGAAACCAGGAACAUAUAAUAUCUUCUCAUUUAUUUAUUUACAGGAUUUUGUUAGUUGCAUAGUUGUAUAUAAUGCAUCUUCUCAUUUAUUUAAGUAUUAGAGAAUUUUUUUCUCUCUCAUUGGUUGUUAGCUAGCACAUAUUAGGAACAUAAAGUAUCUUCCACUUAUUUAUUUACAGGAUUUGUAUCAUCAAUUGCAUGGUCACACGAUCAGGAACAUCAGUGUCUUCCCAUUUAAGUGUUUACAGAAUUCAUUAGUUACAUAGUUACACAUAUGUGGACCUUAGCUUGUUGCGGAGUUUCCAUUAUGAAUGGCUAUUGGUUUUUAGGAAAGGCUGUUUCUACAUCUGAUGCUAAUGGUUUUGUGGAGUUUACUUCUUAGCCCACAGAAGUAGUGGGUUCUAUUGAUAGGUUUUCUGUGUUAACCUGGCCUUUCAGGCCUCGAGUAAAUCUCACUCAGUUAUGGUCACCUGUUCUUGUUAUACAUUACCUGAGUCAGUCUGCUAACAUAUUGUUGAGGGGGUUCACUCUAUUGCUCUGUAGUGUCUUUAUCUGGCUUCAGUGUUGGGCCUCAGAGACUGGGUGGAAACAGUCUCCCCCACUUCUGUCUCUGGAAUGUGUGGAGAAGUCGCUGGUAUGACAGUGAUUUGUCUUUUUAAAUGUUUGGUAAAAUUUUUCUGUGAAGCUGUCGAUGCCUGAUGCCUUUUCUUCUGGGAGCUGUUACUCAGUAUUGGUCCAUCAGGAUUGCUCCCAUUACCCACUUCUUAGUGCCAGUUUUAGUCAUGUGUGUAUGAAAGGAAUUGACCCAAUUCCUCAGAAACAGUAGCUGUUGCUAUUACAUCACUGUUCCUUUAACAUCAGUGCCUGCUGCCUUUCUCCCAUUCCCUCCUCUUCCUCCACCCUAGCCUAGCUACAUAUUUUUCAUACAACUUUUUUUUUCAUUUCGUUGAUAUUUACUGUUGACAUCUUUAUUUUAAUGAUUUUGAUUUAAGCUUAAUUUUUCUUUGGUUUGCUUUAGGCUUAAAUUGUUGUUCUUUAUCCUUCCUAAGGUGGGGUUUUAUAACUGAUGUUGGUGCUUCCCUCUCUCCUGAUGCAAGUACAGCUAUAACUCUCCCUGCAAGUACUACUUCACUGCAUCCCACAAACCUGCUGAUUUUGAUGUCUGUUUUAGUUUUCAUUGGUUCAGAUAUUUUUUUCCUGAAGCUUGUGUGACACAUGUAUUAUUUAUAAGCCUGUUGUUUAACUUCCAAACCAAAUAACAGUUUAUUUCCAUUUUUGUUCAGCUUUUGUUAUUCUUUCAUGCGUAUCUGUGUGCAUUCACGUACGUACAGGUAUGCAUGCACCUGUGUGCAUGUGUGUGUGUGUGUGUGUGUGUGUGUGUGUGUGUGUGUGUGUGUGUGUGUGUGUUUGUGUGUGUGUGUGUAAACCAGAGGGAAACCCCAGGUACCAGUCCUCUGAUGCUGUCUACUCUUUCCUGCAUUUUGAGAUGGCCUCACAGCUAGAGCUAAGCAAGCAGGCUAGGCAGUUUGCCAGUAGACCCCAAGGAUCUACCCAUCUCCACCUGAGCCUCCAUGCCUAGCUCCAUGCCUAGCUUGUUGUUCCUCCAUAAGUAUGGGUAAGAAUAUCCAAGUUCUGGCUAUGUAGAAACAGAAGCCAAGGUGCUCAGGAAUGCUUUAACCUUCAAGGUCUGUUCUCAUAUGAAAAUACAACUGGACUCAGUGUGAAGUUAGGACAUCAGGUGUGUGGGCAGGACACACUCCCUAGUACUUUCCUAGUGUGUAUCCAUGUGCUUUUAGUUCCAUCUUUUUAUGAGUGAUGAAAGGACACUCAUCUUCAGUGUAUCCUUUUUGUAUAUCUGCGCUGUAUAUUACCGGUGUCUUUCACACAUCCUACUGCUCUGGACCCUCAUCCUCUAGCUCUCCAAAGAAGUCUGGUGCCCUCAGUCUCUGGUGUUGGCACCUUUGCCUUCCCACACUAUGAAUAUUUUUCCUCCUGAUUUUUGACUGACUGGAUAGAGCCAAAAAGUUCUAGCCUUUUGAAGACUUUAAUCAUUUAAAAUGACAAUCUAUGCUGUCAAUUUAAUGAUAUCUGUAUUUUGUUUGGUUGAUUUCUGUUUGUUUUUGUUUGAUUGCUUGUUGUUUGGUUUGUUUAUUUCUGUGGUUCUGGGAUCCAGCCCAGGGCCUUACAUGUGCUAGACAAAUACUCUACCACUGAGCUAUAUUUCCCGAGGUCCCUAGCACUAGGUUUUGGGUUUUUUGUUUGUUUGGUUGUUCUUUGAUGUUUGUUUGCUUUUAAUCACUUGCCUUUUUAAUGAAAUAUUAUUGCUUAAAAGUAUUUUUGCUUGAGCUUCUGUCUUACAAAUAACUAUUAAAUAUAUCCUGUGUGUUAGGAACUAUAUUUUGGCUUUGGUAUUUAAACAAAAAUGAGAUACAUUUCCUUCCAAAUGAAAUGUGUGGUCUCAUUGUCUUGAAAACCAAACAAAGAAAAAUGUCAGCAGCUCUAUGCUAGCAGUUGGUAAACAGCACUCCUUCCUUACAGAUGUGUGGGGCUUCUCUUUGGGAGGGGCACACAGAAGCUGUUUAAGCAAGGGUCUGUGGCAAGAGUGCUGCCUAGAGAGAGCGGCAUCAUUUCUAGAGAAUUUAGAUGAGACAUUAUUUCAAUACAAGCAUGAAUAUGUGAGGUAGACUGACCGAUGGGUUAUCAGAAGUCAUUUAUCAACAACUGAAAAUGGAAGAAUGAGAAAUUGUGCCGUAGAGAUAGCCAAGAACAGUGUGUAUAGAGCCGUGUCCUUGGCAUGAGCAAUGGGCCAAAGAAAACUCCUUAAGAGCUUUAAACUAGAUAGAAGCAUGAUACAACUCCAUGUUGUUAUUCCCACCCCUUCACUUUAGAUGCAUUAGAAGAACACUGGAAGGAAGGAAGCCCUGGAAACAAGACCUCUGAGUCACAAGAUGCAACGGUGAGGCUAGUUAGUAGUGGAGGGAGGAGAAAGCAAGAGUCAGAAAACCAAGCUGGUAUUGUUCAUUGCUGGCAUUCAGGGUCCUACAUGGGUCACCAUGAGAGGAGAAUCAAAUCACAGCAUAAGAACUUGCAGCCCGUUUGACUGACACUGCCUGCCAGUCUCCCUCUUGGCCACAAUUCACAUAUCCUCACAAAAAUGCACCUACCUAAGCCCCUUUUCAGGAAUGCUGGUCUCUGACCAUAAUGGCAUUUCCUGUCAGAGUCAAGUAUGGAGGAGACCCCAUGGGAAGUGUCCUGUAAUCCAGAGAGACAAAUUACAUGCUUGCUGACCUAUAGCUCAUAUGCAAGAAUGAAGCAAAUAGAGGGUGACCUGGGUGGGCCCUGCUCAAAAAGACUACCACCCAGGAAGUCAGUGUUUUCUAUAUAGUGCUGUACAUCUUUGUAGUGGCACAGCUAUAUCAAUACAACUUUCUGUCUGUUCAAAUUGUAGGGUAAAGGCAAGGACUGAUCUCUCCCUAUUAUUAUUUGUUCCUCUUGGUCCAAGCUACAAAUUGUUUAAAACCACAGGAACUUUUGUUUGUUCAUUUCUAUCCUAACUUAUUAGACAAACCACAUUCACAAUGAGUUCCGCCUGGAACUCUCAUGACACUUGUGAAACAUGGCCACCCAAAGGUCUGGGUUCCCUGCUGUUUAAUAGAAGGCCUUCCUUAAGAUCUUUAGUGCAUUUGUUAUGUCUAAAAGAGUUACUGUGUACCCUGAUAAGACUCUGAGGUCCUAACAGAUCUACAGUCAUACCCUUGGCUUCUGGCACUGCUACUACAGUUCCACAGCUUCAUUUCAACUUUUGACCAUCUGGAGAGAUUGUGGGUUAAAAGAAGUAUAAUAUUUGUGUCCAGCCAUUCUUUCCCUUACGCAUAGCCAGUCAGCAUUCUGCCUGAAAAUCUCCUGGCCCAGGUCGCUGACUGCUUUGAACAAUGUAACAUUAACUUUAGGAACAAUACCACACCAGUACACCAUGAAGAUUUGCCCCAGCCCCCAUUGUCAAGUAACCUGUCCCUUAUUUUCUUUCCAGCUCUCACUACUAGACUCUAAAAUGUCCUUGGGGUCCCACUAAGCCAUUGCCUGCUCAGGGCCCUUCCAACUUCUCCCAUGCUCAGUCCCAAAGCAAGAGCUAUGGGCUUUAGGGCUAUUUUAAGCAGAGCAAUGUCUCCAUGUAUCAAACUGCUCCAGCUCCAUACUGCUGAGUGCAUGCUUCCCAGGGCAGAGGGCUAGAAAACCAGCAGCCGCUCAUUAGACAUGGCAUGACCAGACAUGUUCUAAGGCUGCAGUGCUGCAGGUACCCUCACCUUGGAGGUCAUGCUGGUGUUCUAGAGGGAGUCUAACAGUAGUACUCCUGUGUAUAAACUGUCUUUGUGCCUGCAUUCUAAGAGAAGUAUCUCAGAAGAACCAAAGAACUGUGGGACAUUCCUCAUCCCAGCAACAUAAGUCUGAGUUUCUUUUCCAUUCUCUGCCCACUGACCUAGUCACAAAGGUCUCCCCAAGUGCAAGUCCCAGAAAUGUAGGCAUUUAAAGCUGUUAUGGGGAAGUGAAGUCUCACAUAUUACUGUUAAGGGUUAUUAAUUUAGUUGUAACCUAUUAGUUUGGUUUGGUGUUUGGGGUUUUUUGUUGUUGUUGUGGUGGUGGUGGUUGGUUGGUUGGUUGGUUGGUUGGUUGGUUGGUUGGUUGGUUGGCUUGAAUUUUCAAGACAGAGUUUCUCUAUGUAACAUCCCUGACUGUCCUGGAACUCUCUUUGUAAACUAGGCUGAACUCAUAGAGAUCUGUCUUCCUUGCCUUCCAAGUGUUGGGAUCAAAGGCAUGUGCCACCAUACCCAGCUAACCUAUAGUUUUAAUGUGUGUCUUGUUCACAAGCCUAGAUUUUUUCAUAUUACUGAUGAGCUAACCAUUAAAAUGGCUUCUCAACCUGUGAGUCAUGACCCCAUUGGGGGUUAAAUGGCCUUUUCACAGGGUUGCCUGGGACAACCUGAAAACACAAGAAUUUGCAUCAUGAUUCAUAACCAUAGCAAAAUCACAGUCAUGAAGAAGUAAUGAAAAUAAUUUUAUGGUUGAGGGUCACCACAACAUGAGGAACUGUAUAUUAAAUGGUCAAAGCAUAAAGAAGGUUGAGAGCCACUAACCCAUUCCCAGGGAUUAUGACUGAGAUAUUGGGAAAGAAGUGGUAGAAGCUUGCAAAUCCUUAAAGAGUUCUUAAAUGUUAACUACUUUAAUGUAUGUAUACAUGUGUGUGCACAUAAUGGCCAUAAGAGGGCAUUAGUUCCCCCAGGGGAACUGGGAUAAAUGUGGAUGCCUCGGGAACUAAACCUAGGUUCUCUGCCAGUCCACUAAGUGCUCCUAACUGCGGAGCCCCCUUCCAGCCAUCCAAAGAGUUCUUUAACAAUGUUUUGAAUAAAUCAUCUCUUGAAAUAUUG